UUGUGUGUUAUGUAACCGUCCGCGCGUGGCUUGGUAGUAAUUUUCUGGCACGAUGUAUCCGCAAACAUCCCCUGCGCCAUGCAUCACUUGCUCAGAUUAGCCAGUGGGCAUGGAGCCCCCCAUGCUUGGCUACUGCAGGAAUGCACAAAGUGGCUGCAUUCGGGCUGACAUGGUAGCAGAUGGGGUGUGAAGGUCAUUUAGAGUAUGCGACAGCACGUUCGUUUAUUGUAUAUACGCUUUAAAUGUUGUAUACUGGUUUAAAGAUGCAUGCGGCGAUCGCGGCUCUUUUGGUAAUUCGCUGUGACAGUCACACAAUCUGAAGAGCUGAUCGGUGAUGUCACGUUCUAUUUUCAGUCUUUUUAUGGCUAUGGCUUGCUUCGUUUCACCGUUAACAAGGAACCGCCUGGUUUUAAUUAACCUGUAGCUCCCUCUGUAAUUGGGUCAACUUUGCACGAGAGCCUCCUCCGCCCUCGGGUUGAUGAGCUUCAUUGGUGAUUAUAAAUAAUUGGCCGGCUGCACAUAAAAGUCAUCUUUUGGACUGGUCGGUAGAAUGUGGAUGAGGUUCAGGUGCGUCUUUUGAGCCAAGGGUGACACACUGAUCGUGGUUUCUAUUAGGCAUCAUGCCCCUUGUCCCAUACUGUUCUGUACUCGUCUAAUUGUUUUGUAAUGUGAGCGUAAAUGUUCAAAAUAAAUAAUAACAUUUUAAAAAUCAAACUUUUAUUUUUAUUUAUUUCAGCAAUAUCAUGGCACUAUAGUGGUACAUGCUGCUGCCUUUUGUGCAGACGACGCAGGUUGAAUUCCCAGCCGAUGCUCCAAAACCCAGCUACUGCCAGUCCCAAACCCGAAUAAAAAACGGGUGGGUUGCGUCAGCAAGUGCAUUAAAAAAAAAAAAAAGAAGAAUACUGUGCUAAACAAAUCAUGCGAGGGACUCGUUGUGGCGGCCCCUAAUGGGACAAACCCAAAGUCAUAAAAACAACAUUUCAGUAAUGUUGUGUCAAUACUGAUAAUCCUGAUUAUUUUGGUCAUGAUAAUUGUGUUUUGAAAUGUUCAGUUUCAUCUUGAAGAAUGCACAAUGAAACAUGUAAAGACAUUCUUCAAAAUUGAUCAAAUAAAACUUUAGAGAGAAAAUCGAACAUCUAUUGUUUACAGUGGCAAAAGAAUAAGGCGUCAAAUAAUCGUGAUUUUGCAUUAAGGGCAAGAAGGAGCGCAGUAAAGUGUGUUGUUGAUAUAAAAAAAAAAAAAUAAUAAUCUCUUUUUCUUCCAGAGUAGUCCUUCAAUUGCAAAUUCAACAUGUAUCAAAUCAUAUAUUAUUGUUUUAUUGCUGUUCUUGAAGUCAUUUUUUUAGUCUGUCUUUCUGACUGUGUUACCACCAGCUCUCCCUGUCCUUUCUAUGGAGUGUGGUGCAAUGGGGCCUUCUGCCCCAAGUUGCCAGGGAAACAGCAUAAUGAGCCGAGCUUGCGUUUUAGCUUUAUUUGGCAAAAAUAGCCUCUUUCACACCAGCCAUCUACACUCCCGGUUUGCUGUCCUGUGUUUAAGGUACCGUUAAAGAUUAAAGGGUUGAAGUUAACCUAGAAAUUUGACCACCCUCAGCUGGAAUGUCACCAGCCGUGACAAGAUUGUGAAAUUGAGCGCCGACGACUCACUGUUUGGGCUCUAUUUUAGUGAACGGCAUAAAUCCUGCGUGCGGUGUAACUCUGUCCCAUAGGUGGCUUACACCAGCGUAGUCGCAUUUGUGCAUUUGUGUUGCUGUAUCAGUCGGGCACCUGGCAGUCAUAGUAACAGGGGGGAGGUGGGUUCUCACUUAGCUUCAUGGCGGUGCUCCUGAGGCGGCCCCACCGGGCUGCAUGACUACGUGGCAUUGGGGCUCCCCUCUCAUGACCCACGGCCUUUCCCCGGGUCCCCCCCUUAUCGUUCCCUUGUCGGGUGCCCCUAUCGGCCCUCCUUUCCAACAAACAAGGGACACGCUCCCGCCCUCGGGCUGGGCGGGGACUGGCUGCAUCGUGUGCCCUGCAGGUUGGGGGUGGACCCCUGUGCUCGAUCCCACCCCUCGAUUGAUUGGGUGAGGUCCUCAGCCGCCGCGGUUCAGGCACAGCAAUUACAGGACACUUCUGUCAGUCUUUGUGCACGCGAAACGGUGUCAAUUCACUCGCAUGUGUCCGCAGGCACCCCCCCACAGAACCCCCCACCCCCCAAGCCCCCAUCGCUGGAUGUGGGGCCACUCACUUAGUGCGACAAAUAACUCAUGAAUAUGCGAAUCGCUUGGGUAUCCCCCUCACUCACACUCUCGUCCUGUAGAUUUUUAUAAUUUACAUGGUCAAUCCCACCACACUUCAGUUGUGUUCACGACCCUUGUCCUGCAUGCUUCUUCUCCUGUCCUUGUCCUGUUCUAUCUUGUCCUGUCCUUCCCUCACAGGGUGUAUGUAGCACUACAGCCUCAUGCAGCACUCAUAUCUUAUGUUUCAUUGUUGUAGAUAUGAUCGCACCAACGCGAGAGUGAGUGGAGCAGUGUCACUGGUCUGGCCAUAAUGUGGCAACUGACAAUGGGAGCGGGACCAGAAGAAGAACUACAAAGCGGUGCAAUCCUGCGAGGAGGGGGGCUCUGGGGGGGGCUAUCUGGAGCCGCUAGUGGCCCUGGCCCAGAACGGCGCCAACAUGCACAACGUACUGGGGCCCGCGUGCAUCUUUCUACGCAAGGGCUUCGCCGAGAGCCGGCAGGCUGACCGAGAGCUGCGGCCAGAAGAAAUGGAUGAGCUGCGUGAGGCCUUCAAGGAGUUCGACAAGGACAAAGACGGCUUCAUCGGCUGCAAAGACUUGGGCAACUGCAUGAGGACGAUGGGAUACAUGCCCACAGAGAUGGAGCUGAUCGAACUUAGCCAGCAGAUAAAUAUGAAUCUGGGCGGACAUGUUGACUUUGAGGACUUCGUUGAGCUCAUGGGGCCCAAACUUCUCGCUGAGACUGCAGACAUGAUCGGCGUGAAGGAGCUGCGUGAUGCUUUCAAGGAGUUUGACACCAAUGGCGACGGUCAGAUCAGCACAGCAGAACUCAGAGAAGCAAUGAAAAAGCUUUUAGGACAACAGGUGGGUCACAGAGAUCUGGAGGACAUUUUACGAGACAUAGACCUCAAUGGAGAUGGACAUGUGGAUUUCGAAGAAUUUGUGCGGAUGAUGUCUCGAUGACUUGAGAGUGGACGGCUGACCUUUUUUGAGAGUGAAAAAUCAUAUCAAGUCCGCUCUGAAACUGCAACGCUGGAGCACAAUGGCUGACGAGCACCGCCCGUCAACACUGUUGGGUGUAUUCUCCUGCUCUUUCUUUGAACACAAACCUAUUUGUUUGGAUUAUAAACCUUUUUGAUAUGAACAAUAAGUACAUUUCCUUCUGGUAUGGUUGGUGCUAAUGUGCUUGUUGAGUAAACCAAUCUGACAAUACCAUUCAACGUGUAGCGAUUUAGACGAUGUCAUCCACUGAGACCCUACGAGAGCAUAUGUACUCCCUCAGCUGCUAGUAAAAACCAUGGAGGAGAUUAUCUCAGGGUUUUUUUCUAGGUUAUACAGCCACACCCCCAGUGGAAUUGGUGAGAAGCACUAUGCGAUAUUAAGGGGGUGGAGAAGAGGAGAGGAAGUCUUAUUGCAGAAUAACCAAUAGAUGGUUCAAGCCUGAAGCACUCAUACCAUAUGGAAAUAUGGACAUUUCUAUGUGGUCUUGUCAAAGAAGUGUGUUUUUUGUGCUUAUUGUUAUUUCUCCUCCAGACUGUAGAUAUUUCACGUUGCGCUGUCAUUGAACACACUUCACUGUAAGUCUGAAAUGCCAUGUAGCAAAGACAGUUCUCUGGGUUUAAUGAUGUCAUAUUAUUGUGAAAUAUGUCUUUUUAUGUGUGCAUUAAGAUAUCCUCAUGUUUCACAGUGCAUAUAAACGGUCUACACACCCCUGUUCAAAUGCCAGGUUUUUGUGAUACAAUAAAAUAAUGAAACAAAGACAAAUAAUGUCUAAACUAUUAGGGAACUAGGACCUUAGUCAAAGUAGAAGGAAAUAUGAACAGUCAGUACAAUGACUUCCGGCCUCUACUGGAAAGCAAAAAAAAAAAAAAAAAAAGUCAUGAAAAGACUAUGAGAACAGAUUUUGGGGGGGUUAAUCAGAGGCACAUUAUAUGGUGGUACAGUUGUGUGAUGACUCGCAUUUACCAUGUGUUUGAAUGUGAACAUCCCCACUUACAAAGAGGGUGUGCACACUUGUCCAACCACGUUAUCUCAGUUGUUUCUUUCUACUUCCCCUCUCUAAAAAAAAACAUCAAUUGAAUUUUACAGGUUAUAGGUCACACUAAUGGUGGAAAAAGUUUGGAAAUUAUUUAUCUUGGGUUCCUUUUUUUUUUAAAUCACAAAAAAAUGGCAAACAGGGGUGUGUAGAGUUUUUAUACCCACUAUAUCUAUGUACAGCUCAUCUGAUGGUCAUUUUAAACAUUCCAUACUGAUUCUGAAUAUCCUUGUGCAUGAUUAUCCAGAUUUUUUUAUUUUUAUUCGAUGAUACAAUUUUUUUUUAUAAAUAUACUUUGUUGUUGGUUGUGUUUUCUGCAUUCCUGAAAGCAUUUAUAUUAAAUGUAUUACCUCAAAGUACACACAAGGUCAAAAUUGUUGAUAAAACCCACAAUGGUCACUGUAGUCACUUCAAAAUUGAUAUUGACAAGCCACAAAGUUUCUGCAAAUCAAAUCAAUACUAUUUUAUUGACACAAGCAUAAAUGAAAAGAACACUCUCUCCCAACUGUGAAACACGCAGGAGGCACUGUUAUAUUCUGUGGUUGCUUUGGCGCAGGGUGUCUUGAAUCUGUGAAGGUGAGGGACGCUGCGAGGGAUUUCAAUGCUGCAAAUUGAAAAUAGCAUUUUCUAGGGCCCCAGGAAAGUCAUGAGCCUUUAAAUUCAUCAUCACCUUUCUCACUUCCGGGUCCAGCAUGCAAUGAAAUCUCAACUGUCAAGGCGUGCUGGAGCCAAGUGUGCAACACAGUGUCUGAAGGUUUGGUCUCACAUAAUGACCCAAAACACGUUUGGUUUUUAAAUAAUAGUUCUGUUCGACCCCGAAAAUAAAGCUGUGUCUGAUUUUCAUUAGAUUUUUAAUUUGUAGUUACUUUUUUUUUGUUAUUAUUUUUUUAUUUAUUUUGUGAGUUUCAAGUUAGUUCAGUGACCAUGGUGGCUUUGUGGUUAGGACAAUUGACCUCAUGCAUCAACUGACCCCAUUCAGUAUAAUCUGUUAUUUAUUUAAAUUAAGUGUUCUCGACAUAUCAAUAAAGGAGCAGUAUUUGUUUCUUUAUGCACAAAAGCCAAAGAAAGUUGACAAAACUAUAAUUUGACAUUGACUAAAAUACAAGGUAUGGAGGACUUUUAAUGAAGUAAAAAAGGGAGACUGUUUAUAAAUGUGCAUGCCAAGUGGAUAUCCAAGCUCUAAAGGGAAUUCACAUACUUGUCAUAAAUGUGUGAAAACUAUGCAUGCCAAAAGCAAUUUGUAGCAGAUUUUAUGAUCGAAUAAAGGUUUUUAUGACAUGAA